GGGUGGGGAGAUGCAAGAAGACGCCGACAGCGAAAAAGAGAAGUAGCACAGGAAGUGACUUGAGGUCUGAGGGUUUUUUAAGGCGAACAGACGUUGAUGCUCACCCAGACGCUUCAACAAGCUUCAACUAGCUGGCACCGUGCAGCAGACGCUCUCUCUGCUCAGCGUUCCUCUCGGAGUUCUGGCUGGUUAGACGAGCAGGCUGGAGGGAGGCCUCGGGUCCAGUCUUCUGAGGAGGAUUUCUUCAAGGAAGUCUCACCAGCGUAACAACCAGCGUCUUCAACCACAAGAGGACAAUCAAAUGGGAGGAAGUGGUGAAGACAGCGGUCCUGGGAGGCUGAGCCGCAGGUUUUCCCGUCUGAGCAGCAGGUCCAGGGAUCCCCCGAGACCUCCAGCUCAGCCCGAGAGACUUCCUGCUCCGCCUGACAGACCUCUUCAACAAGAUGACAGGCCUUCUCCUCCAGCUCCAGCUCCUCCUCCAGCUCCUCCUCCAGCUCCAGCUCCUAUCCCCACUCCCAUUGAGAUGCCACCUAAACGUCCAGACAAAUCCACGAAGCCCAAACUUCCCCCUCGGCCGCUGUCCAAGGUGUUCAGCAGCACUGAGCAUGGAGUAGCUGUGUUGCAGGGUUUUGAUGCUUUUCGUGCAGAUGAGACUCUCUGUGACGUCGUCUUGGUUCCUGGAGACAGCAAGGACACUUUCCCCGUCCACAGAGUCGUCAUGGCUUCAUCCAGCGACUAUUUCAAGGCCAUGUUCACAGGAGGCAUGAGGGAGCAGGAGAUGAGAGAGAUCAAGCUGCAUGGGGUCACUAAGUCGGGUUUAAAGAACAUUAUUGACUUCAUUUACACAUCCAAAGUCAGCCUGGACAUGGGUAAUCUCCAGGACACGCUGGAGGCUGCAAACUUCCUGCAGGUCAUGCCGGUCCUGAGCUUCUGUAAUCAGCUUCUGAGCAGCGAGAUCACUAUUGAUAAUUGUGUGGAGGUGGAGCGCAUCGCCACUGAUCUGCUCCUGGAGGACGUUCACCUCAAUAUAGGUGAGUUUGUGAGCCAGAACCUCUCAGCGUUGGUGGAGAGCGACCGCUACCUCCAGCUAACUGAAACCAGCAUGGCCAACGCUCUGUCCAACAACUCCCUGAAGGGUUUCUCUGAGAUGGAGCUCUACCACAUCGCCAAAGGAUGGCUGAGCCACGACUCCCCCAGCCGCCGCUCCUCCGUCUACGCCUUGAUGCGCCACAUUCGCUUCCCGCUGAUGAGCCCCAGCGAGCUGAUCCAGAUCUCCCAGGAGGAUGAGGAGGGAGGCGACUCCAUGAUGCGUUCAGAGACGGCCUGCGUGAACCUCCUGCUGGAGGCCAGCAACUACCAGAUGAUGCCCUUCAUGCAGCCGGCGCUGCAGACCGAGCGCACGCAAAUACGCUCGAACGACACCCACAUCCUGGCGCUGGGCGGCGUGAUGCGACAGCAGCUGGUGGUGAGCCGGGAGCUGAGGCUGUACGAUGAAAAGACCGGCCACUGGAGGGCCCUGAAGCCCAUGGAGGUGCCGCGUUACCAGCAUGGCGUGGCUCUUCUAGGCGGCUUCCUCUUCAUUGUUGGAGGCCAGAGCACUUAUGACACCAAGGGUAAGACGGCUAUAGACAGCGCCUACCGCUACGACCCGCGCUUCGACAAGUGGCUUCAGAUUGAUUCACUCAACGAGAAGAGGACCUUCUUCCACCUGAGCGCUCUGAAGGGGAAACUGUAUGCAGUCGGAGGACGGAACGCCUCAGGAGAGAUUGACACGGUGGAGUGCUACAACCUGAAGAAAAACGAGUGGAAAUUUGUGACCAACAUGGUGGAGCCUCACUACGGACACGCUGGAACAGUUCACGGAGACCUCAUGUACAUCUCAGGUGGCAUCACCCGUGACACGUUCCAGAAGGAGCUCUGGUGUUACGACCCCGCCGCUGACACGUGGAGUCGCCGCGCCGACAUGAUGGAGCUCCGCGGCCUGCACUGCAUGUGCACCUUGGGAGACCGACUCUACGUCAUGGGUGGGAAUCACUUCCGAGGCAGCAGCGACUAUGACGACGUCCUGGGCUGCGAGCACUACAGCCCGGAGACGGACCAGUGGACAGUGGUGGCGCCGAUGUCGCGGGGCCAGAGCGACGUCGGCGUGACGGUGUUCGACGGGCAGAUCUACGUGGUGGGAGGGUACUCCUGGAACAGCAGGUGCAUGGUGGACAUUGUGCAGCGGUACGAUCCAGAGCGGGACGUGUGGGACAGGGUAUUCAACGUGCUGGAGCCUCUGGGGGGGAUUCGUGCCUGCACGAUGACGGUUCAUCUGCCGGAGGGGUCGGUGGAUGAGGCUCAGAUACAGGAGUGCCCCCUGCUGCCCACACCGAAGAGCUGAUGGCGCACCACAGGCGGGGGGGUUUCCGACUCUGUCAGACCGGAACUGGCAAGACGAAAUUUACCUGCAUGCUAACAGCAAAACAGGAAACAGUGUGGGCUGCAAACACAAGCAGGUGCAAGCGUGGCUAGCUCUCUAACAUUAGCAUUCAACAUGUCUCUAUCACACUUUACCAUCUUUAGUAUUUCCUGUCCUGUCCAGCAUCCGUCCUGCUCUGCUUGUGUUCUUUCUCUCUGCAGUUUCACUAUGUAAAAGGAAACAAUACGUCUUUAAUGAAAGGUCAAACCCAUCCUCCCUCUCAAAUUGGCUGGACAUCGAUUUAUAGAGUCUGAUGACAUGACGGUGUUGGCUGGAGGCAAAACAAAGGAAAGACUGGAGGCUAACACUAGUUAGCAGUGGGCUAAAGUUAGACAUCUAAAAUGUCAUCUUGCUGUGUUGUUGUUGUUGUUGUGCCAGAAUCCAGAUAUCACAUACAUUUGAGAUGACAAACUGUGAUUCGAGAGAUUGAAAGCGAUCAGAUUGACCUCAGAAAUAACUGGAAGGGAUUUUUGGUUUAGGCUUAACACAGCUUCUAAUUUCAGCUUGUGACUAAAGGAUAUAGCUGGCAUCAUUUUAUCUUUUCAUCACAACUAGACCAAAAACAACCAUGACUUCAUCCUGCUAACAAACAUUGUCUGUGUGACUGUCGUCUGCGAUGAUGCACAAUCCGAUGAGGAAUCAAGUCAUGAGGUUUAAGAAGACAAAGACAAUCUGUUAUGAAUUAGAACGUGAAUUGGAAAUUCCGUCUUUUAAUUAAGUAUGUAAAUAACACAGGAAGCCACCGUUUUUUCAAAAUAAAACUGAGCCGAUUAGAGCACAGACUCAACAGAAAUGUACAAAAUUGAAUGGAUAAAUGUUUAUGUUUUGUAUAUUUAUAUAUAUGCAGUGUUUUUAAAAAAUAAACAGUUGAUUAUGAUUUUCA